AUUGCAAGCUUUUUGGUUUUUAAACUGAACUCGGGUUUAUCCAGAAAUUGCUCUGAUCACAAGCACCAAGAAGAGAAUAUUCAUCCAUAGACAAAGAUGGGACCUGAGAAUGUCACCACGGUGAAGGCAUUCAUCCUUUCAGGUCUGACCACCAACCACACCAUGGAAUUGUCACUCUUUGUUUUUUUCACUGCCAUUUAUGCCUUCAUCCUUGUUGGCAACAUUCUUAUCGUGAUCACAAUAAUCUAUGAUGAUAAUCUCCAUACCCCCAUGUACUUCUUCCUCAGUCACCUUUCCUUCAUUGAUGUCUGCCAUUCUUCGGUGGUCAUUCCCAAGAUGCUAGCUGGCUUCCUGGAAGAGACAAAGACCAUCUCCUUUGGAGAAUGUAUCGCCCAGAUGUUCUUCCUCCACCUCUUUGCCUGUACAGAGAUCUUCCUCCUCACCAUCAUGGCUUAUGACCGCUAUGCUGCAAUAUGCCACCCUCUCCACUACACUACCAUUAUGAGCCGCCGGGUUUGCCUCCAAUUAGCAGUGGCCAUGUGGUUGGGUGGACUAAUCCACUCCAUUGCCCUCACAGCAUUGACUCUCAAUGUGCCCUACUGUGGCCCCAACGUCGUUGAUAAUUUCUUCUGUGAUGUCCCUUUGGUCAUCAAACUGGCCUGUGCCAACACCUAUGUCUUCGAAGUCCUCAUCGUCUCCAACUCCGGGGUUAUUUCAGUGGUCUGCUUUAUAGUCCUGGUAGUGUCCUACGUGGUCAUCCUCAUCUCCUUGAGGAACCGCUUUUCCGAAGGCCGUCGGAAGGCUCUGUCCACUUGUGCUGCUCAUCUGACAGUGGUAACCUUCUUCUUGGGUCACUGCAUUUUCAUCUAUCUCAGACCGGCCAAGAGUCUCUCUGCAGACAAGGUAGUUUCAAUCUUCUUCACAGCUGUCACACCACUGCUCAACCCAGUCAUCUACACCCUGAGGAAUGAGGACAUGUUGAAUGCCCUCAACAAACUGCGAGGCCGACAGGUUGAUCUGGGAGACAAAAGACACUAG